UUUUACAACACCAAACAUAUCAUAUCGUUCAGCUGACGCUCGUUCUUUGCUUGACGAUUUGUGCUAUGUGUUAAAAGUUAAAAUGUCGGAGAAUUUGAAAACAAAUAACGAAUCUGAGCCUAGCUGCCUGCAUUGCAGAGUGCACAACUCAAAGCAGCCGUUUCAGGAGAUAUUCGAUGAACUGGGAAUUGAAAUCGAGCUGCCCGAGCUGCUGGCUAAAUAUUUUCAGAUAAAUAUCAAACCCGAUCCGCAAAAACAACAACUGCUAUGCGAGGAGUGUGUCAAAACAUUAAUUCGCUUCUUCGACAUUGAUGAGCUGCAGCGGGAACAGGAUGCAGCGGCCAAGGAUAAGUCCAAGAAGCAGAUCAAGAAUGAGACAACGCCGUCAGCUGCUAUCAAAAAGGGCACAAAAUUAAUUAAAAAACAAACACCUCCAGCGAUUAAAGUUAAUAAUGAACCCAAAAAGUUGACAACUUCUGUAAAGUUGCCGACACCAGCAGCAGCAGCUCCUGCAGCAAGAGUUGCUACUGCCGCAGAGCCAGUUUCCAUACGGAUCACUAGAGCAAAAGCUGUGACAGUGACUCCGAAACGUAAUCUGUCCAAACCAAAGACGGAAGGUAAACGGCACAGCGCCAAGGAAGCAGGAACAGGGGAGCAGGAGCAGAUUAGCGAACUCUUACGUGACAUACUGGAUGAUGAGAAGACGCCACCCGAUGACAAAUGCAAUGUGGCAGUGACAAAAGGCGCGGCAGAUGAGAAACAGUUGCAACAGGUUGCUGUCCAGGAAGAGGAGCAGGAAGAUCAGGAAGAGCAACAGGACAAGCAGCGGGAAAAUGCCGAGGAGCUGGAGUUUUUGCUCGAGCCAGAAGAUGGUUCCUCUGACCUGGAUGUGCGUCAAUUCAAGUUGGAGAAGAACACAUCAGUUGACUCACAGUCGCUAAGCGAGGAUGAAUCCAUGAAAGUGGAGCCCUUCAACUUUGUUUUAAUCAAGGAGUCUGAUGGCAUUGAAGAUCUGUACGAAUAUCUAACCACUGUGGUGAAGACUUGCUUUGAGACCUUGACCUUUGAAUGGGCCACCGUCUGUUGUCACUGCUCGCUGAAGUGCAGCAAAUUCGAGAGCUUGUUGGCACACAUGCAAAAGUGCCAUCAGCUGCCAGAGGAGCACUACAAGUGCCCCAUUGAGGAGUGCAACGCGGAGUUGCCAAAUCGAAAAUUCUUGGCCAUGCAUUUAGUUUUGCUGCAUGCCCCUGUGGCAGACAUACCCAUUUAUGGCAGCUGCCCGGAGUGCAACAUGACCUUCUCCAAUAUAUUGCAGUACAAUAAACACUCCUGCGCCCAUGUCAUCAAGAAACGUCGUGGCGCCCGCUUGUAUUGCGAAAUGUGCGGCUUGGAGUUCCCCUCCUGGAAGCGCUUUAACUUUCACAAUCAAUUCCAUUUGGAGAGACAUAGGCCACGUGCCUGCUUUGUUUGCAGUUAUGCGGACAACAACAUCGAUGAACUCUUCCAGCAUUUGCAUUAUUCACACGAGCCCGAAGGCACGCUCUUCUGUGAUAUCUGUGAUCGCUAUUUUCGAGAUCCUGCUGUGUUUACGGAUCACAAUAAAACCCAUGCGAAUGUCGGCGGCGCCACACAUUACUGCAGCAGUUGUAGCGCCACCUUUGAGACACGCGGACGUCUAAGUAGUCACAUACGUGCAAUGCACGGAUCCAUCAUUAGCUGUGAGCUGUGCAGUCGAGAGUUUGCCUCGGAGUCCAACUACCACACGCACAUGAAGAAGCAUCUGAUCAUUGAGCGUGAAGUGCAUGUGUGCAGCAAUUGUGGCAUCCUCAACGAGAGUCAGGAGAAGAUGAUGUCUCACGUGGAGAAUGCUGAUACGGUUUGUUUUGGCGUUGAAAUCUAUGUGGAACUUUUAAGGGAUGCCUAUGUCUGCGAAUAUUGUUCAGCAUAUUUUAAGCAGAAAACUGAUUUGCGUGCUCAUCGUGAAUCUGGCAUACAUAAGGAUGGUUUCUGCUGGUGUCAGCCGUGUGGCAAGGAGUUUCAUGACAUGAAAAUAUAUCGUCAUCAUUUGCGCAACUUGCAGCAACAAUUAUCGGAUGUUGAGCAUCGCAAGCUGGAGAUUUGCGUGCACUAUAUGUGCGAUUAUCAGGAUUGUUUUGAGUCGUACAUCAAUUGGAAUUCUUUGUACACUCACAAGAAACGGAAUCACAAUGUGGCCGAUACGCAAGUGUUGGCGGAAAAGGUUAACGAAUGGAUCUGUCAGUUCUGUCAGAAGGUUUGUCGCUCCAAGAUGUCGCUAUCGGUGCAUGUGGCACGCAGUCACAACAACAAUAAUGUGAUUUGUCCAAUCUGCAAGGCUUCGUAUAAAGAUGAUGAGGCGUUGAAGAAGCAUCACGCCUAUUGGCAUGAGCCUAUGAAGUGUGCAUUGUGCCUGAAAAUGGUCAAGAAUCGUCGCAACUAUGACACACACAUGAAUGUGGUGCACUCGAAUAAUAAGCGUUAUAACUGCGAUGUCUGCGAUAAGGGAUUCUAUCACAGGAGCGAAAUGGAGGCACACAAGCGAUUGCAUUCACAAUUGUAUAGCUGCGCACAGUGCAGCUUUAGUACGAGGAACAAGAAUUCAUUGUCGGUUCAUGUUCUUGGUCAGCACUAUAAGAGAUUCGCCUUUGAGUGUAAGACUUGCAACAAGAACUUUGGACGUCGUCAGGGUUUAACCAAUCAUAUGCAACGUGUCCAUGGCUCCAAGAAUAUGUGUAGUGAUUACUUCGAAGGCGGUUGCAACAAAACAUUUAGCACAAUCUCACAGUUAAACGUGCAUGUGCGUAAAGCACAUGAUAACGGCAUUGAGCUAGCCGAUCUCGUGGAAGACUACCAGGAGGAUCACGAAGAGCAGCUGGACGACGAGGAUCAGCAGGAUCACGAGGAGCAGGAGGUAUACGAGGUGCAGGAACAGACGCAGGAGCAGGAACAGCAGCAGGAACGAAAAUCGAAGCGUAAGAGUUCAACAGCAGCAUCAACAUCUAAGAAACGCUGCAUCCGCAUCAUUGAUGAUACACAAAUCGAGUUCAUGAGCGCCGAUGAGGAUAACGUGAGCAUUAUGGACGCGGAAAACCUUGACAAAGAAACCAAAUUCAAACCAACUCCGGUAAAUAGGAAAAAGAAACAUAGUUAAUGGAAAAACUGUGUUUGAUUCUUGCUAAAGCAGUUAUUUUAAUUUGUUUUCUUUAUUGAUUUUUGAUUGAUUUAAUUAGUUGCUACCCAUAAAUUGAACACAAAACAUGUCAGUUAAUGGACAUACAUGCUCCUAUAUCAUGUUAUGUAUUUCAUUUAAAUUAGUUUAAAUUUAAAUUUAACUAUUAAAUUAGUUCAUUUCAUUCCUAGGCUCUUAUCGUCACUUUAAAUCACUUUUACUACGCUCAAUUUGUCUCUAAUAGCUUAAGCACUGUCUCUAUUCUCAUAUUAUGUAUGAAAGGUAAUUUAAUUUUAACAUUGAUUUAUACUGAUGUUUUUUCUUUUUGUCAUUUUAUAUACUAUUUGUCCAUUCAUUCAUUCGCCAUGGUCACAUUGUUUUACUUCUUUUUAAAUCAUAUGUUUUUUAUAUACAUUUACAAUUUAUUUAAGCUGCAUCAAGAGACAAUUGAUGUAUAGUCAUAGUUUUUUAUCGUUUCUUUCAUAACUGUAACAAAUGUUGGGUAUAUUGAUUCUAGUAUACCUUACAAAUUUGAGCUUAUAUCGCAAAUAUCUAAAAAAAAACGAAUCGAUUUGUUGUAAGCAAUUUAAUGUGUGUCUGUUAGCUUAAGCUUGUUACAGGGCAUCUGUAAGUCUUGCUAAGUUCAAUAUGUACAUAUUACACUAGUAGUUACGGCAGCAAUUUUGAUUAAAUUUAAUUAAGCAGUUUGCAGUUUGGUCAUUUAAAUGUUCGAUGAAAGUCAAAUGAAAUAAACUGUAUACGAAUGUA